UGCGGCUGUGUUACGGCUCUGAAAGCGAUCUAUCUCGGCCCAUUAACAGUGAUGCAGGAACCUGCACCGAAACAACCAAAUAUUGCUCCUGUCUUGCCCAAAUUAAGUUUCCUUUUAUUGGUCGCAACAAUGUUUCUCGCGUCAGCUAUGGUGAUUUUCCUUUUCAUUCUCCCUUCCGAACAAAAGAACAAAGAUUUUUACACAUUUCAAGGAGUAAACAUCAGAGGCAAGUUAAUUUCACUGGAGAAGUACAGAGGGUCGGUUUCUUUAGUUGUUAAUGUUGCCAGUGAAUGUGGCUUCACGGCGAAUAAUUAUAAAGACCUACAGCAGUUGCAGCGGGAACUGGGGCCAAUGCAUUUCAAUGUCCUAGGAUUUCCCUGUAAUCAGUUUGGAAAUCAAGAACCAGGAACUGAUCAAGAGGUUGAGAUGUUUGUUCGAAAGACGUUUUCAGUUUCCUUCCCAAUGUUCAGUAAGAUCAUUGUCAAAGGCACUGGUGCGAAUGCAGCAUUCAAAUAUUUGAUAGACUCCACUGGUAAGGAACCAGAUUGGAAUUUCUGGAAGUAUCUUGUGGAUCCAAAGGGUCAGGUGGUUGAUGUCUGGCCACCUUCUGUUUCAGUUGCAGAAAUAAAGCCAAAAAUUGUAUCGCUAGUGAGACAGCUCAUUGUGAAACGGAAAGAAGAAAUUGUAAUGUAAACCUGAUUUAUUAACAAUUAUUGUCAUGUUAUUCAAUUGCACAUUAGUAUUGGUCAAUCAUUUCUGUUUCAAUUUAGUUUUAUGAAGCCCACUAAUUCGAAUUAUGUGGCAUAAACUUGAAAGUAAAUUGUUUUUCACAUGCAACAAAAGGUAAUUCAACCACUAUUUAUAGUGUUACAAUUUGUGGGGGGGGAGAAAGAGCAUACAUUUAAUGUCAAUAAUUCCAUGUGAAAUUUACACAAGCUUGUUUGUUACUCAUGUUGAUCAAAAGAUGAAUUCGUGAAUUAUUUCAGGUUAAAAUUCAUUAAACGUAAAUUUAGAUUGCAGUAUAAAUAUUACAGAAAACAGUUUCUUUUUUUGAUUCUGAAGGGGUAAUUUUAACCAGGUGUUAAAUUCAAGAAGGGAUGGGGUGAGCCCCACAUUUUAACAAGCCUUUUCAACUGACCGUCUGAAUC